CCGAAGUUCGGGAGCCGGAGCUGCCUCCUCAGUCCCCAGGCCGGGCCUCGGGGGAGGUCAGGGUGAGGGGGUCCCGGACCGGCUUCUGAGGAGGAAGUCACGUGGGGCCGGGGCUCACAUGACCGGCCGCGAGAUGGACCGGCAGCUUCCCGCUGAGGCGGCGGCGGCGGCGGCGAUUGGGGACCUCGAAACGGCAGAUUUGCCAAAACCUCAGGUAGUCCAACAGAAAGAGCCAGAUUCAUUUCGAAUGCAGAUGCCUCAAGGAAACCCGUUACUGCUAUCUUACACCCUUCAGGAGCUGCUGGCCAGAGACACUGUGCAGGUGGAGAUUAUUCCUGAGAAGAAGGGCCUCUUCCUGAAACAUGUGGAAUAUGAAGUUUCAAGCCUGCGCUUCAAGUCAUCCGUGUACAGAAGGUAUAAUGACUUUGUGGUCUUCCAUGAGAUACUGCUACAAAAGUUCCCCUAUCGAAUGGUGCCAGCACUUCCACCCAAGAGAAUGCUGGGAGCUGACAGAGAGUUCAUUGAGACUAGAAGGAGAGCUUUGAAACGCUUCAUUAACCUGGUGGCUCGACAUCCCCCUUUCUCAGACGAUGUGGUCCUGAAGCUGUUCCUCUCAUUCAGUGGCUCAGAUGUACAGAAUAAACUAAAGGAAUCAGUGCAAUGUGUUGGAGAUGAAUUCAUGAUUUGUAAACUGGCUACUCGAGCCAAGGACUUCCUCCCACCUGACAUCCAGGCACAAUUUGCUGCCAGUCGAGAACUGAUUAGAAAUAUCUAUAAUAGCUUCUACAAGCUUAGAGAUCGGGCUGAAAGGAUUGCAUCCCGAGCCAUUGACAAUGCUGCUGACCUCCUUAUAUUUGGGAAAGAAUUAAGUGCUUUAGGAUCUGAUACAACACCACUUCCCUCCUGGGCCACAAUGAAUAAUAGCACAUGGGGGACCCUAAAACAGGCCUUAAAAGGCCUUUCUGUUGAAUUUGCACUGCUGGCUGAUAAAGCUGCACAACAGGGUAAACAGGAAGAGAAUGAUGUGGUGGAGAAAUUGAAUCUUUUCUUGGAUUUGCUCCAGUCCUAUAAAGAUCUCUGUGAGAGACAUGAAAAGGGUGUGCUUCAUAAACACCAGCGAGCAUUGCACAAGUACAGCAUGAUGAAGAAGCAAAUGAUGAGUGCUACAGUACAGAAUAGAGAACCAGAGAGUGUGGAACAGCUGGAGUCCCGCAUUGUAGAGCAAGAAAAUGCAAUCCAAACAAUGGAACUCCGGAAUUAUUUCUCCUUAUACUGUCUACAUCAAGAGACCCAGCUUAUUCAUGUCUACCUGCCUCUCACUUCACACAUCUUAGGAGCCUUUGUCAACUCUCAGAUACAAGGCCACAAAGAGAUGAGUAAAGUUUGGAAUGAAUUGAAACCCAAGUUAAGCUGCCUCUUUGCGGGACCCAACAACAUGCCAACACCACCACGAUCACCGCAGGAGAGCAAUGUGUUUUCCCAUUAGUCCCUAGAGAGGACUACCUGCAGUGCUAGGAGUACCCUUCCAGCCUUACUAAAACAUAUCACCAAACUGUAUCAUUGUGUAUUUCCCUUAAAAAAUAGCUGCCAUUCGCUGGUGCUCACAGGUGUUUGGAACUGACUGGAAUUUGAGCAGAAGACUUCGAUUCAGUGGUAGGGAUGAGAUUCAGAUUUCAGUUUCCUAUCUUGUUCUCUACUCAUCUUUCUUCAUUUCAUAAUGUUCAGAGGCAAGAUUGAGAGACACUUUAGUGUAGGGUACUUUGGGGAGGAAAAAGAAUGCUCUUAGAGGCUAAGGGCUGAAAGACCACUCGUAGUGGUUGGUAAUUCCUUUUUCUCUUACUUACAUUCAUCUUUUCUUUCCACCACCAUGUUCCCCAAUAUAUACACUCUGAUUUCUUCUCUUGGCAGUGAGAAGCGGUAGAUAUAUUCUAUGAAAGGUAAUUCUCCAAGUCUCUAGGAAAGCCAAAAGAUUAAGGAUGACAUUCAUGUAAGUGAAGUUGUCUGGGAGUGAAUGUUAGUCCCUUGAAGACAGCUGUUUCAUCUUUUGAGGGGACAUAUAUAAUCAUUCAUUGGAUUUUUUGCUUUCUACAGGUCAGGAUUAACUGAACAGAUGAGUGGGGGCGAGAAGAGGGUGUAGUUCACAUGUAGCAGGUUUAUUUCAGUGCAUUCAUGCCUUUUGGUUGAAAUAAUGUUAAUUUUUUUUUCAAAAUAAGUUUUCAGUGAAAAGUCUAAAAAGUAAUUAUUUAAUGCUGUUGAAUACUCUUGAACAAAUUGCCUCACACUAGAACUUUUUCAGUUUCAAAAAGAGCGUGUGUGUGUGUGUGUGUGUGUGUGUGUGUAUGUACACGUGUACAGAAGAGGACCAUUUUGUUUAUGGGGAGAGGGUUAUUAGCUGGUAGGUACACAGUAUUGGUUUUCUUUUGGAGAAACUACAGUGUAUAUUCCAGGCAGCUAGAGACAAACACUAGGAAUCUUGGUAUAUUACUUAAAUUGAUUCAGAAUUUGGCAAGGCCUGUCAUAUUCUUUUUCCAUUCUUCCACUUUUACCCUCUUCUGUACCUAAUGGCAUGAUCUGUCUUAUUACACAAAGGUGGGACCAAAAUAUGUGGCAAAUUAAAGUGAACUAAUAGAAUAGAAUGUAAAAUGCUAGAAACUAAAAAGAUGCUUUUAUUUUGUUUGCUCAUAAUUGGAGAGUACAGAAUAUACCCAGUUUGAGAAGGGUGUGGUUAAGAUGAGAUGAAGAAAUCAGAGGAUCGUGAUUUUUAUUUCAGUUGUGCUUUAAAAUGUACUGGCCUUUACAAGAGAGAAUCUGUAUUCCUUGGGAAAAAAAGAAAACAACUAGCUAGUUUCCUAAUGGCACAACUCCUAGUUGAGGUAGUGGAACAUUCCUGCUAAUUUCAGUCCUUCCCUUCCUUAGCCAAGCUUUUACUCAAUGGGGUUUAUUGUGUAACUCUUCAGGUCUGUUUUCUACCUUGUGAUGAAGUGAGAGUUCUCAGAUAUCCUUUGGUGGAGACCUGUAGGGAUGGGGUGGUGUAAUUUUUUGCAUUUAUAUGCUACUAUUCCAAAUCUCUAGUAGAACAUCUCUGUGGAAUUGAAAAUGAACUGGACUUCUCCACAUUAGGGAUUUGGGAGUCUAUUUAAACUACCUUUCUCAUUCUUAUAAGGACAGAAAAAUUGGAAAAGGUUCUAAAUGGGCAGCGUGCAUUCUAAAAAUAUUGCCCUCCCAUGGAGUAUUUGUCAGGUUUCAAAGGAAAUUUUCUCUGCUAUUUUAAUGUUGUAUUCCGAUUUUCUCUUAAAUUUUAAAAUAUGUAGCAUGACAGAUUCUAGAAUAAAAAUAGGAGCCAUCUCUCUCUUGUUACAGGAGAAAAAAUCAGAAUAACCAAAAAUACUUGAUUUAUGCAGAUAAGCUAAUUCACUUUUCUGGCACAGGCAAAAUGAGGGCUUUUCUUUGUGGACUCAAAUGGCUACAUCAAGGGUCUGGUCUCAACACACAUUGUUAUAUUUGAUUCAUUCAAAAAGGAUAUGUGUGGAAGUGCAAGAUUUGUGAACUGUGUACUCCAUGUGGCAUGUCAGCACAUUCUUCAGAUGUUUGCUUUGCAUUCAUGAAGUAACUAAAGGCAUAAGGGUCACUUGGGAGAAAACAGUAAUGGCACCCGGACCUGUAACUUACUGCCCUAAGGUUCACUUCUAUUCUACUAGGAAAGCUGACCUUUACUUUUGUAAGUGAAUGUGACAUUUAAAACAGCAUAUGAUGGAAGGUGGUCUGUUUCUACUGUUGAACAGAUUUAUUCUUUGAAAAGAGAAGAUGCAGGGGUUUUAGUUAGAGCCUAAAAAUAGUAUUGAAGUUCUAUUUAGAGGAUUAUUGGUCUCUAACUAGAGUUGGCCAAGAGAGGGAUGGAGUCUUCUUUGCCUUCUAGAUUUCUGUCUGCCUACCAUACAUUACCCUUUUAUACAAAUAAGGCCUACACCCAAAUUGAGUGAAUCAAUACUUUUUUGUGUGUGUGCUGUGCCCUUUUGUAGUAUGAUUUGCUUAAGCCAUAUAACAUAAAAUUUAUUUGUACAAACCCCAUGGGGCCUUUUCCUUCCUGUCUACACAGCUGCAAACUGUGCUGAACACACCUUCACUGCUAUUACAUUGAAGUCUCUUGGGACCUUGAAGUUGCAUGUUAUCCUGCUGGCCUAGGACCUCAGUCUUUGUACAGAGCCUAGGAGAACAUGCCAUAGACUAGUCCAUUGUUAAGUGCAAAUUGUAAAGAGAUCCAGACCUAGCCUCCUUUUCCUGGAUGUUCUAAACAUAAUAAAAAACUGGAAUAGUUGGUUGAGGGGCGGGAAGUAGGUUUGAGAUCAUUGCAGAUUUAGUCAGUAUGUGCCUCCAUGAAAAGUAUAGAUAUCAAAUAGUAUUAAGAACUUUCAGUUGACAUGCAGGCCAGUCAUUAGUUAAGAGGGAGUUUAUGAGAGAUGUUUUAUAUAUAUAUAUAUAUAUAUAUAUUUUUUUUUUUUUACAUGUUACCCUAAUUUAAAACACUCACUUGAAGGAAAUGUACUACCAAAGAGUUUCUAAGGUUUUUUUCCUCCUCUUUUGUACUACUAAUGAUGCUUUUGGAGCUUGUAGUUAAUCAUGACAGUCAUGAGUUGAAUCAGAUGUGUAAGGACAUUAUUUUCUCAUCGUCUACCAAUAAUAGACUUUUUGAGGAACAAAACUCUUUAAGAUCCAAAGGACAAAUGGGUAAAGUGGACUCUUGUUCAAAAUUAGUCCUUCAGUUUUCAGAGAGAAGCUUGCAAUCCAUUCCAGCUGCCCUUUCUGGAGGCAUCUCUGCUGUGGAACUGACCAUGUUAAUAAGUAGAGCCAGAUUUCUGCUUGUCCCCCUCCUGAAGAAAAUUUCCAGUGUCAAGAGUUAAAAAAAUUAAUCCUCAUUCUUAAACAUAAUGGUUGUAUUUUAUUUAAAUAGGGACCUACUCUUUUUUGGAUUUUAUCUUUUCCUUAAUGAAUUCUUUAGGAAUAUUAUGAUUUAAAUAAUAGUGGAGGACUUUGUGGUGCAUCUUUUGGUACCUCACAUCCUAAUGGUAUCCCCUCAGUUUGGGGGGACUAUCCCAGGGAAAAAGAAUGAAGAAACUGACCUAAACUGCAGAAUAACAGGAUAGGUCAGGGAGCUUCCUUUUCAGCAUGAUUUUCUUACCCCUGAAUCAAUUAUUAUGAAAUCUUCCUGAGGACACAAUUGAUCUGAAAUUUGGGAAUCAACUUUGCCAUUUGAGUUCCUUGCUCAAACAGCCAAAAGCUCAUCAGCAAGUUCUGAGGGCCCAAUCCCUUCAAAGGAAAGACAUUGGUAAGCAGAGUAGCUUAAUGUCAUUGUCUAAAAAUCAUCAGCUUCACUGAAAAGUGAGUCAGAGUACAUUGUUCUCAAUAUGGGACUA